AGCUCUCCGGAAGUGCCAGGCUAGCCGAGCAAGUAGCGGCUCCCUCGAGCCCUGUACCUGGAGGCUCGCUCUUCUGGGGUCCUGGUGUGACAGACAGGUCGCGAGCAGGGUUGGAGAGGGCGUCGGGGGCUGAGCGGCGGGAUGAUGGAGGAGGAGGAACUGGAGUUUGUGGAGGAGCUGGAGGCUGUGUUGCAGCUCACGCCAGAGGUGCAACUAGCCAUCGAGCAGGUAUUCCCAAGCCAGGAUCCUCUUGAUCAAGCUGACUUCAAUGCCGUUGAGUAUAUCAAUACUCUGUUCCCAACAGAGCAAUCUCUGGCAAACAUUGAUGACGUUGUGAACAAAAUUAGACUGAAAAUAAGGAGACUUGAUGACAAUAUCCGGACCGUCGUAAGAGGUCAGACAAAUGUGGGACAGGAUGGAAGGCAAGCACUUGAAGAGGCUCAGAAAGCCAUUCAGCAACUCUUUGGCAAAAUCAAGGAUAUCAAAGACAAAGCAGAAAAGUCAGAACAAAUGGUGAAAGAGAUCACCCGAGAUAUUAAGCAGUUAGAUCACGCCAAGCGCCACCUGACCACCUCAAUCACGACACUGAACCACCUGCACAUGCUGGCAGGCGGGGUGGACUCCCUGGAAGCCAUGACCAGGCGCAGACAGUAUGGAGAAGUUGCUAAUCUCCUUCAGGGUGUAAUGAAUGUUCUGGAGCACUUUCACAAAUACAUGGGAAUCCCACAGAUCCGACAGCUUUCUGAAAGGGUGAAGGCUGCGCAGACAGAGUUAGGACAGCAAAUCCUGGCUGACUUUGAAGAAGCAUUUCCUUCCCAGGGCACCAAGAGGCCGGGAGGACCCAGCAAUGUCCUGAGAGAUGCGUGCCUGGUGGCUAAUAUUUUGGACCCCAGAAUCAAACAAGAAAUCAUCAAAAAGUUUAUUAAACAGCAUCUAUCAGAGUAUCUAGUACUUUUUCAAGAAAACCAAGAUGUCGCCUGGCUGGACAAAAUUGACAGACGUUAUGCCUGGGUGAAACGCCAGCUUGUGGACUAUGAAGAGAAGUAUGGCCGGAUGUUUCCGCGGGAGUGGUGCAUGACAGAAAGGAUCUCUGUAGAGUUUUGCCAUGUGACGAGGACAGAACUUUCCAAAAUCAUGCGAGCCAGAGCUAAGGAAAUUGAGGUGAAAUUGCUUCUUUUUGCGAUCCAGAGAACAACCAACUUUGAGGGGUUUCUUGCAAAACGCUUCUCCGGUUGCACCCUGACAGAUGGAACCCUGAAAAAGCUGGAGUCCCCACCACCAUCUACCAAUCCCUUCCUGGAAGAUGAGACAACACCAGAGAUGGAGGAGCUGGCUCUGGAGAAAGGAGAGUUAGAGCAACCAAAGAAGCCCAAGGCCCCAGACAAUCCAUUUCAUGGCAUUGUUUCCAAGUGUUUUGAGCCUCAUCUCUACGUGUACAUUGAGUCCCAGGACAAAAACCUCAGUGAGCUGAUAGACCGGUUUGUGGCAGAUUUCAAAGCCCAGGGCCCACCCAAGCCUAACACUGACGAAGGAGGUGCUGUGCUCCCCAGCUGUGCUGACCUCUUUGUCUACUACAAGAAGUGCAUGGUGCAGUGCUCACAGCUCAGCACAGGCGAGCCCAUGAUCGCCUUGACUACCAUCUUCCAGAAGUACCUCCGAGAAUACGCCUGGAAAAUCCUCUCUGGCAACCUGCCUAAAACCAGCAGCAGCAGUGGGGGACUGACCAUCAGCAGCCUCCUCAAAGAGAAGGAGGGCUCAGAAGUGGCCAGGUUCACUCUGGAGGAGCUGUGUCUCAUCUGCAGCAUCCUGAGCACAGCCGAGUACUGUCUGGCUACCACCCAGCAGCUAGAAGAAAAACUCAAAGAAAAAGUUGAUGUGAGUCUGACUGAACGUAUUAAUCUCACAGGAGAAAUGGACACAUUCAGCACUGUCAUCUCCAGCAGCAUCCAGCUGUUGGUUCAGGAUCUAGAUGCAGCCUGUGACCCUGCCCUGAUUGCCAUGAGCAAGAUGCCGUGGCAGAACGUGGAGCAUGUUGGUGACCAGAGCCCUUACGUCACUUCUGUUAUUCUUCACAUUAAACAGAAUGUCCCCAUUAUCCGUGACAACCUGGCUUCCACACGGAAAUACUUCACACAGUUCUGCAUUAAAUUUGCAAAUUCAUUCAUUCCCAAAUUCAUCACCCACCUCUUCAAGUGUAAGCCGAUCAGCAUGGUGGGAGCAGAGCAGCUUCUGCUGGACACCCAUUCCCUGAAGAUGGUCCUGCUCGACCUCCCAUCCAUUGGCUCCCAGGUGGUGAGGAAGGCCCCUGCCAGUUACACUAAGAUUGUCGUGAAAGGCAUGACCCGGGCUGAAAUGAUCCUCAAGGUGGUGAUGGCCCCUCAUGAACCAUUGGUAGUAUUUGUUGACAACUACAUCAAACUCCUUACGGACUGCAACACAGAAACCUUCCAGAAAAUACUGGAUAUGAAGGGGCUGAAGAGGAGCGAGCAGAGCAGCAUGCUGGAACUUUUGCGUCAGAGGCUCCCUGCCCCGCCCUCAGGGACAGAAGGUUCCAGCACGCUGUCGCUGAUGGCCCCAACACCAGAGCAGGAGUCAUCCCGAAUCCGCAAACUGGAGAAACUGAUUAAAAAGAGACUGUAAGGAGUGGGAAGGCAUGGCCAGAGUCCUGAGCAGCCGACUUCUGCAAACCCUCACACGGCUCCAGGUCCUGAGUCUUGAAGCCUCUAAGGACAUUACAGUUAUUAAAGUAUAUCUCCCAUAACAUGUCUUAUUUUCUAUCUCAGUCAGGGAAGCUCAGUGAAGUAUGCAUUAUAAAAAGGCAUUUUAAAAUUAUCUCCAUCCCUGAAGCUGGGGCAGCAGUGGUUGAAAGGUCCCUGUGGUUCUCCAGGCUGCCUGUGAUGGUUGAGUUGUCACUGACCCUUGUAAUCUCCCCUCACAGCCCUCGCCACCAGCCAGUGCCUGCAGCGUGGCUGAGGAAGCCUGGAUCUUACCUCUUUCUCCAUCUGUGUGUGAGGUCCUUUUCCCUCUCUAUCUCUGGAGUUGGCUUGGGGGCCUGAGUGAGCCAAGUGACCAGUGGCAGAGUGGGAUAUUGGUCUCUUUACCAAUUCCCUGCAGUAUUAGCCCUUUUCCAUGUGAAUAACUGUUUCUGGGACUCAAUCUGCUAUCUUCCAUGACAUGGCCAAGUUACCCCUGUUUUCUCCCAUGUCUCUGUACUCUCCAGAAGAGAGAUGCCCACUGGUUCUCUUGCCCAUGGAGGAGACAGACUGUGUGGGUGCUGUUGUACCCAGCCUGGGCAGCAGGGGUCUUGCCUGUGGUGGGCUCCUGAGCUGGUGUGGAGGCAGACCUAGAGCUGACUUAGAGGCGGGGUCUGUGUGGCACUCUCCCUGUUCACAUGAACACAUUGUCUAGCCCACUUCACUCUGCUCCUGGAUCCUGGGAAGGAGACUCUGCUGAGAGACACCGGGAAGUUCCCUUGAAAAGGCUUUCUUGGCAGAAGCUGUGGGAAGGGGAACAGUAAGUCUGACCAUCUGACUCCCCUCGCUCAUACGCUUCAGGUCCAGAGUCCCUGAGACAUGGUGGCUGCAUAUAGUGCCACAACAGCACAUCCUUACUACAUGAUACUGACCGUGCACACCAGGCUCAGAACUGGAAACAGCCCAGAGCACAGCCCAUCUGUUCUGCAUGUGCUGCCCACCAUCAGCUCUUGAAAUCCAGCUCUGCAGGGGAGUCACCCCACUUCCAGGGAACAGGCACCUUACCAGUACAGACGUCACCCUGCUCUCGCAGCUCUGGAAACUGAGGCUCUGUUAUGUGACCACAACUUCAGUGUGACUACCUUUUGUCCUGAUAGCUUUUGUCCUGGUACUAAACUUGUUAGCUGUUAAAACAGUAAGAUCUGGGCCCUUGACUUGAUCCCAGAUCCCAGACCCACUUCUUGAGCAUGAUCCCCACAGCAGGAAGGCUUGCCUGGUUAUCUCCUGCUAUCAGAGUGCUCAGCUCUGAUCUGGGCCUCCUUCCUUUUCUCUUCUUUGUUCUCUUGACCCCUGGGCUACACACCAACCCUAGAGCCUCAUUUCUUCAUCAGCACCUAGUCUAUUCUUGCUAGAAGGAAUAACUCAUGUAUUAAGCAUGUUUAAACUCUAAUGAGAAAGAAAACAAGUAGCAAGGAAAAGAUGUGUGGCCCUUGGUCAGGAUGCAUCAUAACCCAGGCUAGUGCAGAAGCUCACUGGGCCUUAGCUGGGGGGUGGGAGGGUCCCCUCUGUGCUGCCCUACAGUCCUGCCCUAUUGGAAAGCAGGCAUGUGGUUAUCCCCAGACAUCGCAGCCAAGUCAGCCACUUGCCACCCAUCCUGGGGAGCUAAGGAAGCCAGUGGGCUCCUCCCACACCUGGCUACUGUGUAUCUGUGUGCUGUAUGCACUGGCUACUGUGUACCUGUGUGCUGUACACACACAGCUUAUUACACUUGUCUUUUUGGCUCAUUCAUGAGAGGCUGGUUUUCUGGCCGUCUCUAUGGUGGUACUAAGCCGUCAAGCCGCUGUUUCUCCCAGUCAGUGGUCACAGCAGCGAAGUGACUUACUUGAUGUAUCACACUGUCAGAAACCACAUAGGGGCCAGCAAAUAGGUGUCAGUGGGAGUUAUGUUAAAUGUCUUCUUGAUGAGGACUGAAUCUGUACAGCCUCUUCCUCACCUGGGGAAUGCAUUAGUCUCCCUCGGGACCCUCUGAGAAAUGCAGAAGUCUAGAGACUUAACUGUGAGUCUGCAGAGAAGCCUGCCGGGCGUAUGCUUAGAAGCUGCACAGGUGAUUACAGUUGUCUGCCAGUAUCCACAGGAGACUGCUUCCAGGACCACACACACCUCAUGCAGAUACUCUGUCUUUUCUAUAAAAUGGCACCAUGUGUGUAAACAAUCCGAGCACAUCCUUUACUUGAAUCUGAAUACCUCUGGACUAUGUAUAGUGCCUCAUAUAAUGUAAAUAC